AUGAGGCUGCUCCCGCUGCUGUGCUUGGCCAUGCUGGCUCCCAGCAGCUUUCCCAAAGAGGAGGCAGAAGGGAGUCGCUGGCUUCCAUUCAGCCGAUGCCAGGAGCAGCCCCAGGGUGAUAACCACAAAUGCCAGCAGACACAGCAGUCCUCAGGAGCCAGCGCAGCCCACACUGAAAUCCACUGUCUGUCAGGUUCCACUCCAGACAUCUCCAUCACCUACAAAGUCCUGCAGGUCUACCCCCAAAGCCGCUGGGUGCUUAUAACAUGCCAUGUGCUCCAGGCACCCCCGCCCAUCACCUACUCCCUCCUGGCUAGACAGAACACCCUGGUGGCCAGGAGGGUGAUAAACACCUACCAGCCCGCCUUCUUCAGCAUCAACGUCACGCUCAAGUCCAGCCCGGACCUGCUCACCUACUCCUGCCAGGCCGUCUCCGCCUCGGGCACCCACGGGCCCAGCGCCAGGCUGCAGAUGUACUGGGAGCUGUGGGCCAAGCCAGUGUCCCAGCUGCAAGCUAACUUCUCCCUGUGGGACAGAGGGUCCGGCCCCAGGAUGGAGGUGUCCUGCCAGGUGUCCUCUGGCAGUCCACCCAUCACCUACCGUCUGGUCAGGAAGGACGGGAGAGUCUGCAUGCAGCAGAGGCCUCUCCACGGGCAGCCUGCCAACUUCUCCUUUCAGCUGUCCCAGACAUCCGGCUGGUACCAUUGCCAGGCUGAGAACAGCAUCAGUGCCCUGAGCAGUGCCUUCACGUUGGUGCCCCCGGGUGAGAGUGCUCUUCGGGGCUGGAAGGGGACCCGGCCUAAAGGGCCCAGGUGGCAGCCAUGCCUACUAGGCCUCCUGCCUGAAGGCAGCCAGCCCAACCCAGCCUCCUUGCCGCCCUCACAGGGCAGCUGCCCCUGGGACCCACGUGCGUGCUUGUCGGCAGCCUGGUCUCCAUCACGGGCAUUGCUUCUGGGAUGCUUGGCUGGACUAGGAUACAGAGGCUCUUGACACCAUAAAACCCCAGGAGGCCUCGGCAGAAGGUGAAAGAGAGGUGUGCUGCCGGACCCAGAGCAUCUGCUACUUUGUCAUCAAGAUGGGGACCAGAAGACGAGGCCAGAGUCCCUUAGGAAGAAGCCGGCCUUGGGGGUGGAGGGGGCUUGGUGUUGGUCUGAAGACACAGAACAGCAAGUAAGUGCUGUGUGCAGCUCAGAGACGCACCAGAGGUAAUAAAAUUGGACUGCAUGUGGGGUCCGCACUGGUGGCCCUGUGGUGACAGGUUCAUUUGCUCCAUUCCAGACUUUCGCUGUCUUUGUGUAUCCCAUCACAUCGUGUUGUAUAUCUUUAUUAUACAUAAUAAAAGCAUUGAGAAGAAGAAGAAUCGCAAA